GCUUGAGGCGGAAGCGGAAGUGAUGUGCGCCCCCGUCCCGGCGGCGGCGGGGAGCAGUAGGAGGCGGUGGCUGUGGGGAGGGCCCCGCGAGUGGCGCGGCGGUUGCCGAGUAACGGUAGGAGCUAGCUGAAGCUCUUUGCACGAUGGCAGAAGCUACCGUCUCUCCCCUGAAGCACUUUGUGCUUGCUAAAAAGACUAUCACUGCCAUUUUCGACCAAUUGCUGGACUAUGUCACAGAGGGAGCAACUUUUGUGGAAGCCACAUACAAGAACCCAGAGCUUGAGCAUGUAGCAACAGAAGACGAACUAGCAAAAAUACAGGCAUAUAAAAACAAGUUAGCAGUCAUCGGUGAGGUGCUUUCACGGAGACACAUGAAAGUGGCUUUUUUUGGCAGAACGAGCAGUGGGAAAAGUUCAGUUAUUAAUGCAAUGCUGUGGGAUAAGGUACUUCCUAGUGGGAUUGGCCAUACAACUAACUGCUUCCUCAGUGUGGAAGGGACAGAUGGAGAUAAGGCUUAUCUUAUGACAGAAGGGUCAGAUGAAAAGAAGAGCGUCAAGACAGUCAAUCAGCUUGCUCAUGCACUUCACAUGGAUAAAGAUUUGAAAGCUGGCUGUCUUGUCCAUGUCUUCUGGCCCAAGUCAAAGUGUGCUCUGCUGAGAGAUGAUUUGGUUUUAGUGGACAGCCCUGGCACAGAUGUCACUACAGAACUGGACAGCUGGAUUGAUAAAUUCUGCUUAGAUGCUGAUGUGUUUGUCUUGGUUGCCAAUUCUGAAUCAACUCUCAUGAACACGGAAAAGCAUUUUUUCCAUAAAGUGAAUGAACGACUUUCCAAGCCAAACAUCUUCAUCUUGAAUAACAGAUGGGAUGCCUCUGCAUCAGAACCGGAAUACAUGGAAGAUGUGCGCAGGCAGCACAUGGAGCGCUGUCUGACUUUCCUAGUUGAUGAGCUCAAAGUUAUUGAUCCUGUAGAAGCGAGGAAUCGCAUCUUUUUUGUUUCUGCAAAAGAAGUUCUGAGUGCCAGGAGACAGAAGGCCCAAGGAAUGCCAGAGGGUGGUGCAGCACUUGCCGAAGGGUUUCAAACAAGAUUCCAGGAGUUUCAACAUUUUGAGCAGAUAUUUGAGGAGUGUAUCUCGCAGUCAGCCGUGAAAACCAAGUUUGAACAGCACACUAUCAGAGCUAAACAGAUAAUAGAUACUGUGAAAAACAUUAUGGACGCCAUAAACGUAGCAGCAGCAGAGAAAAGAGUCCAGUCAAUGGAAGAGCGAGAAGAUCAGAAGGAUAGACUGGACUUUGUUCGAAACCAGCUGAACAUUUUGACAGAAGAUACUAAGGAAAAAAUCAAACGCGUUACUGAGGAAGUAGAAAAUAAAGUCUCUUCUGCCAUGACUGAUGAGAUUUGCAGACUUUCGGUUUUAGUUGAUGAAUUUUAUUCAGAUUUUCACCCUUCUCCUCAAGUACUGAAGCUGUAUAAGGCAGAACUGAACAAACAUAUAGAAGAUGGUUUGGGAAGGAACCUGGCUGAUCGUUGUUCCAAUGAAGUCAAUGAGUCAAUGCAUCAGUCGCAGCAGGAGAUGAUUGAAAAUCUGAAACCGUUGUUGCCUUCUGGUGCUCAGAGCCAGCUCCACUUGCUAGUUCCUUGCAGGAGGUUUGACCUUAGCUAUGAUCUAAACUGUCAUAGUCUGUGUGCAGAUUUUCAAGAGGAUAUCAUGUUCCACUUUUCCUUGGGAUGGACUUCACUUGUAAACCGUUUCGUGGGUGCUAAACAGGCUCAGAAAGUACUGUUGGGACUAGCAGAUCCAAACUUAAAAAUCCCUCGUCCUUUAGCUACCACCCCGUCUACUGCCAGCCUUCCUGCCAUGACUCCAGAGAAUGUGUCGCAGGAUGAUUUUAUGGUUCCUUUGGUAAUGAGUUUAGCUUCACUGACAUCACGGACCUCUAUGAGCAUCAUCGUUGUUGGCGGAGUGAUUUGGAGAACAGUAGGCUGGAAACUCAUCUCUCUUUCCUUAAGUAUGUAUGGGUUGUUAUAUCUUUAUGAGAGACUCACUUGGACCACUAAAGCAAAAGAGAGAGCCUUUAAACAGCAGUUUGUAAACUAUGCUACUGAAAAGCUGCAGAUGAUCGUCAGUCUCACAAGUGCGAACUGCAGCCAUCAGGUGCAACAGGAAAUGGCCACUACCUUUGCUCGGCUCUGUCAGCAGGUGGAUAUUACCCAGAAAAACCUGGAAGAAGAAAUUGCUAGGCUUUCCAAAGAAAUAGAUCAGCUGGAGAACAUACAAAGCAGCUCCAAGCAGCUGAGGAAUAAAGCCAUUCACCUUGAGAAUGAACUAGAUGGCUUCACUAGGCACUUUCUUCAGAAGAGCAAAUAAAACAUUGUUGCCAACUUUCCCAGUGAUCCUUUGUAGGACAAGGUAGAAUUUUUACAAAUGACGCUUCUCCUGUGUGGAGUCACAUGAAAUGAUUUUUAUUUUAGAUGUUCCUUUCAUUACAUUUGUUAAUCGUUCUAAAAGGUAAAUCAAAAUGAAGAGCAGUGGUUCUUGAGUGUCAUGUUUUGCAGAUUUGCGGUUAAAAAAUACCUUAAACACUAAAUUUCUUGGGGCACUUGACAAUAAAAACACAAAUCCUCACUGGUUUCCAUUAGUACUUAACAGUGGCAAGUCUCGCUUCCUGGCAUCCAGGAGUUUAUGCCGGGAGAGAGAGCUUAUUACGGUUACCACUGUCUCCUAGUUUGAGUUGUUUAGGAAUUACCUGGGGAUGGAGGAUGCUGCUUUUUCAUGAGUGUGUUUAAGGAUGGAAGAUACAAACUCUAGCAUGGAGAAGGACUUCUGACUUGUUUUGAAAGGAACUGAAAUUGUGUUGGGCAGCAGUUCUCUUCUGUAAAUGGAAGUGAAAACUGAUAGUAAAGCACAGAGCCUUCACUAAUGAAAUGCAGUAGGCUCUAGUUUCCCUUCUGGAUAACACAUUUAUACAAGAUGGCAUUGCUUAAGUAAAAAUAAACCUAUUUCAACAAGCCUGUCUUGCAGCUGGUGAAGCAGUGAAAUGGUCAUUUGCAUGUGAGAGCAUCCCUUGGGGGGAGCUGCAGGUACCUGUUGAUGCCACCCAGCUCGUGUCCAGGCAAAGAGAACUUGCUGAGCAGGUGUUCCAUGUUGGGGGAGGAAGCUGGGGGUGUGGGCCUCGACCUUGAGCUCCUGCUGCUGGAUUAACGGCACAGGAAGCGGCUGGGUUUGAGAGUUUGUACUUACGCACCAUCCUGCAGUUCCUUGGUUGGGCUGUAGCCCAGCUCUUUCCUGGGUUAGCCACAAGGCAGGUGUGCUGCAGUAUCCACCUUUACUCAUGCCCAGCAAUACGAAGCCUCUUUAAAAAAAAAAAGGCACAUUUUUGCUGUUGCAUCUGCACUCAUUGAAUGUUUUCUAACUAGACUUUUUAAAAUAACUUAUUUUAAGAGAGAAAGCCUUUUCAGAAUAUUUAUAUAUUUUUAUGCAACUGUUAAUGUGACUAAAUGAAAAUCAACUUUAAACUAGAGAUGUAGGGAUUUGCUGUUUUCCAGUAAAUAAGGGCUAUCUUAAGGAAACGUUUAAAAGCUAAUGGUAGGGACAGGUUGUUGUUGGCAAGCAAAGCAUGCCCCUUUCACCACGCUCUGUCUUGCUGUUUGUGUCUGACUGUGCUAGCACAAGCGCUGCUCUCCUGGAACUGUCAGUAGCAGCAAGUGUGAGGAGCCUCCAGGCUUUCAACGGAAACUGAACUACAGCACUGAAUGACAGCCCAGCCUUGUUGUGUGUAAGGUUACAGAUGUGUGUUAAUGCUCUUUUCCUGGAGCAUUUAAUGGAUGUUGUAUGAAGAUAAAACUUGACAUGCAUGUGUUCUAUAGAGUUAUUUAUUAAAAACAGUACUACCCCUUU